AUGCGACUGUCAAGCACAGUUGGGGAUAACGCCGCAGUAUUGGAUGCCUUGGGUUGUUCUCUGUGUAAAGGGAUGGAAAACUUUGCACUGGCUCAACAUUGUUUUAUUAAAUCUAUUCAAGCUGAGCAAAAUAAUGUUGUGGCUUGGACAAACUUGGGGGCCCUCUACUUAAAGAAAGAUAAUAUUGAGCUUGCUCAUGAAGCCUUUAAAAUUGCCCAAUCUUUGGAACCACUUUAUGUUGACUGCUGGAUUGGACAGGCUAUCAUAGCAGAGAAAGUGGGAAGCUAUGACACCAUGGAUCUUUUCAGACACACCACUGAACUCAGCACACAUACAGAAGGUGUUAAAGGUUACGCCCACUGGGUGUGCUCCACUUUACUGGACAAAAGCAACAGAGAUUCUGAUUUGUAUCGCUACAACAUUGUUCAGAUGAGUGCAGUGUCAGCUGCACAGGUGGCCCUCAGUAAAUACACAGAGCGAGUUCAAUCUGACCCUGAUGCUUUUACGAUGCUGGGCUUUUUAAAUGAACAUCUCAAUCUGAAGAGACAGGCCUGUCAGGCUUAUCAAAGGAGUGCUGACCUUCUACAGUCAAUGUCUGGAGAAAUGCACGCUUUGGUUUUGAGCAAUUAUGGCCGUGUCUUAAGCUCUCUGGGCCAGUGGGAAGAGGCUGUGCGUGUCUUUAACUCUACUCCACUCAAGGAGCUCACUGAUUUGACAGGACUGGCUCUCGCUUACUGCAGAGCAGGCCUCGUCCCAAAGAGCAUUAAUACUUAUGAGCGUGCUUUAGCUGUUGCCUUCAAUGAAAAGGAUAAGGCAUACAUCUUAACAGCUCUGGCAUUGCUGCAGCACCUCCAAGGCAAUGUAGAUGCUGCCAAGACAUUGCUGUUUAAAUGCUCAUUGUUGAAGGAACCCAUCCCAGAGUCCUUACUCUGUCUUUGUGCCAUGGGCUUAGUGCAGAAUGACACCACUCUGGCAGCUGCUGCUUUAGCUGAGUUAAUGAAACAAACUUCAAACUCAGAGAUGGUUGUAGAGCAGCACUGUCUGCUCAAAUGCACUCUGUUAGCUUUGCAAGGCAACCUGUGUGCUGUCCAGAGGGAGGCGUCCAGGGCUAUACACAGAAACCCUGGAAAUCCAGCUCUAUGGGCUUUUCUAUCGAGAUUGAUCCCACAGUACUUUCCCCAAAAAGCAAACGGUGGAGCUAUGGCUGGUCAUGUGGCUUGUCUUUCCAGUAUGACGCACGGAAAGAGAUCAUUGUUGCAUAGUGGAAUAAACCAGUUGGCAAGUGGCAAACACUCUGCAGGCGACAGUCGGAGGAAUGCACUGAAAACGAUGCAGAGGGCUGUGCUGCUCUGUCCUGAUGAGCCAGCAGCUUGGGCAGGGCUCAUGGCUGCUUGUCACACAGAGAACACUUCAUGUCACCUGUCGGGCUCUGCUCCACGUCGCACUGGCCUGGAGCAAAUACUAAUGUCCAUUGUUUCUGAUAAGGUCCGUUCUGUGGACGUGGAGCGUCCUCUGGCUCAGAUGCUGGAGGCGUGGAUCCUGCAGCAGUCAGUCACAGGCCUGGUGCUCAGAGGAGAGCUGGAGCAGGCUGAGGCUCUCUGCACACAGGUUCUAAGCGUUUCUCCUGAGCAUCCAGCUGUACUACUGUCACUGAGACAGGUGCAGUGCCAGCGCCUCCUUUUGGCCAAUGAAGUUACUGUUCUCCCAGAUGCUGUAAUUGAGCAGCUGAAUAGUGCCGUCACAUUGAAUCCCACUAACAUUAGUGGAUGGCACUGGCUAGCUGAAGUGUAUCACACACAAGGCCUGCUGCUCCAGGCCGUCUUGACUUAUAAACAGAGUUUACAGAUCGCUUCUCAGCUUGGUCUGCACAACAGUCAGAUGUCCAGCCUGCUCAGACUCGCACUGCUGGCCCUCAGAAUGUGUAUGAGUGGGAUUCCCGGACAAGACUGGAAGGACCUGGUACAAGAAGCUACCAGUGAGGUGUUGAAGCUCGGCUCCUCCUCUACGGCACUUCUUUUCCAAGCCCUUCUGCAUUUUACCAUCAAAAUGGCAGCUCGCGAUACAAGGCGCUUUUUGGAAAAGCUGGUUUAUGUUUCCCAUGAUGCCCCAGUUACUGUGGUGGAAGUGGCUAGAUGGUACCUACUCCGGCACCUGCGCAGCAAAAAUGAUGAUGAACUCAUCAAAGUGCUGUUAGAAAAUGCUACAACAAAUAAGGAUCAAAGACUUUUGAAUUUUCAUCAACAACAUGCCUCUUAA